AUGGAUAUCAUCCUAGAUAUCCUCGACACCUUCGUCUUCGACCGGUGCUAUGCUUCCCUCCUACCGGAUCCAUCGUUCGGCAACAAUUCCUCCACCUGGGACUUUAAAACACCGGUCAAUCAACAUGUCGGUGUAUAUUAUCCAUUGCAAGCAUCCGAAUUGGCCUACGCAAGUCUCUGGAAACGAGACUAUGUCCUCAGACAGGGCGUGUCGUUUUUCCUAAUUGCAUUAAUAUUCGCCUGGCUACUAUACCUCGCCGGCAGCUUCAUCCUCUACCACACAAUGUUCGACAAAAGAAUGCUCCAACACCCGCGCUUCCUCCCCAAUCAAAUCUCCCAAGAAAUCGCCCAAGGCAUGUCCUCCAUCCCCGUGAUAUCCCUCCUCACAGCGCCCUUCUUCGUCGCCGAGAUAAGAGGUUUCUCAAAAUUGUACGAUUUCAGCUCCGAGUCCCCCUUCUGGGGCUACACGCUGCUGCAGUACCCGCUUUUCAUCCUGUUCACUGAUUCCGGGAUCUACUGGAUUCAUCGCGGCUUGCAUCACCCGCUGGUGUACCGGUGGCUGCAUAAGCCGCAUCAUAAGUGGGUGGUGCCGACGCCGUAUGCUAGUUAUGCGUUUCACCCGUUGGAUGGGUGGGCGCAGAGCUUGCCGUAUCAUGUUUUCCCGCUUCUGUUUCCGCUGCAGAAGUGUGCUUAUCUGGGACUGUUUGUGUUUGUUACGUUGUGGACUGUUUUGAUUCAUGAUGCCGAGUACUUGUCUACUUCUAAGAUUAUUAAUGGUGCGGCGUGUCAUACCAUGCAUCAUUUGCACUUCAAUUAUAACUAUGGGCAGUACAUUACCUUAUGGGAUCGUAUUGGAGGGACAUACCGUAUCCCCGAGGAGGAUGCUUUCAAAAUGAAGCAGAAUGAAGAAGACAAGGCUACAAAGGCCGCAAAAGCUUUGAAGAAAGAUAUGUGA